AUGCAACUGCCAAGGGUGGGGCGCAAUUUGCCACGAGGAGAUAUAUUACGCCAGCCCCCGCUGCUCUCCAAAACCUCUCGUUGUCAAUUCCCGCACAGCCGCAAAGACUCCAAACAUGACCCACUUCAACCUCAUCUAUUGCGUCGACGGCUCACCUCCAGCCACCUCUUCUCCAGCACCGACUUCUCCAACCAAGACCGCAAAGUCGAGGACCUCAGCAUUGGGAAGGACGCAAAGGGCAUUAUUUACAUCCUUUGGCGGAGGUUCCUGACCCCAAACUACGAUCUUGUAUGCUCGGAGGGAUGGUCAAAUAAUUGGAAGUUUUCCGUGAAAGAUAUGGUUCGAUUUUAG